AUGCCAUCGCCAGCAUCCCACCCGCUGAAGGAAACUAAUAUGCAAACGCUCGAAGAAGUACGUAACGCACCUGUAGAGACCUGUGGCAAACAGUUCUCCGAACCGGAACUGAAAAAUGUUCUCGCACUGAACAAAUCAUAUCUGCUUGAUGAGAAAAACCAACUCGUUGAUGUGAACGCAUGGUUGAAGCUUUCGUGGCACGAUUACUCCCUUGAAUGGGAUCCGAAGGAGUACGAGGGUGUAGCCGACCUGCGAUUCAAUAUUGUUCAGGAUGAGAAAAACCAACUUGUUGAUGUGAACGCAUGGUUGAAGCUUUCGUGGCACGAUUACUCCCUUGAAUGGGAUCCGAAAGAGUACGAGGGUGUAGCCGACCUGCGAUUCAAGAAAGCUCAGCUGUGGACGCCUGAUGUCCUACUGUAUAACAGCGCCGAUCCGCAAUUCGACAGCUCAUUUCAAUCGAAUGUUGUGGUAUAUCCAGAUGGAACAAUCAAUUGGAUACCUCCGGGCAUAUUCCGAAUUUCAUGUCGAAUAGCCGUUGCCUGGUUUCCAUUUGAUGUACAAGAAUGUUUUCUUAAG